AUGCGCCUGCGGGAGGCUCCAGGCAUUGGCUUGGGCGAUCCCUAUGUAGACGCGGCCAAGCCGGAUGCGCGAGACCGCGGGCUGAACCUCAAGGUGUCGACAUGCAGACAAGGCAAGAACAACGACGCCUGCUUUGACAAGUUCAAGCCCCUGUUUGAGGGCGAAAAGUAUGUUGAGCCCCUCAGGAUGAAGAUCCGGAUGGCAAAGGCGGGCGCGGCGCGCAACGUCAGCGAGCGGCCGUUCAAGGCUGCGAGCCCCAUGAAGGCAUCAGCUUGCCCAGGCGACUUUCGGCGAGCCAGCAGCGGCCCUGAAAUGGGAGGCACGGCGGCUGGCCGCGGCGAUCAAUUGGGCAUCGGACUGGCCGCAGAGAACGAGGCGGGCGCGGCGGGUGGCGAGGCGGCGGGCGGGGGCACGGUAGAGUUUAAGAAAAAGAAAGGCGAGAUCCCCGGCCAGCCCAAGAACAUCGUGACCGCAACCCCCAAGAAGGGCGGCUAUGGCUGCCUCGGCACCACCCUCAGGCCGGCGGCGUUCCCGAAAAAGGGGCGGCAGGCGACGUUUGAGCGGUUUCCAGAGUACGUACACGACCCGGAGGAGCCGCGCAUCGCCGCGCGUGCCGCCGCGCGCAAGGAGGAGCGCGAGCGGCUAGCCGCGCGUGGCGCCGGCGGCGCGUGGCGGCCGGGGGGCGGGGUCAAGUCGGACGCGACGCGCUCGAUUGUGCGGAUGAACCUGUGA